AUGCAGCGGCUGGUAUGGACGCUCGGCGUUGUGGUCGAUCGUACGGUACAUGCCGAAUUGAAGUCGCGGGUGCCGAAUUUAGCAAGCGUUGCAGUCGGCAAGAUCGCGGCGAAAGGACGCACGAUGGACCUCGUUGCGGCGCGGGCGACGCCGACGGACCCCAAGCUGCUGCGGCCGCUCGUGUCGCAGCAAUUUGGCCUCGUCGGACGCAACGCGGUGCUCGAGGCUGUGCCCCAGUCCGUGCACUUUGGCGGCUUUGCGCUGGGCGUGACGCACACGCAGCGCGUGCGCAUCCUCAACAAGUCGACGUCGACGACGCGCUUGCACCUCCUCGUGCCGACGGCGGCGCCAUUCCGCGUCGAGUACGACCGCAAAGGCAAUAUCUACGCCGGCAUGAGCGAGGAAAUCUUCAUUGCGUUUACGCCGACCGAGCACAAGUACUACUACGAGUGCAUCCAUGUGCAUAGCGCGGAAGGCAACUUUAUCAUCCCGAUCCAUGGGUACCCGGUCGUCAACAAGGUCGCGUUCCCAUCGAGCAUCCACUUUGGCGCGACGCCGCUGGGCCAUGUCGCCCAACGCGUGCUGCAGCUCACGUGCAGUGUCCCGAUUGAGUUUGAGUUUCGCAUUGAGGUGCUCAAAGCCCAUAGCUCGAUUCGUGUCGAGCCUAUCAGCGGCAUCAUUCCGGCCAACGGCACGGCGCAUAUCACGGUGCAGUUCCAGCCCAUCGUGCUCGCCAACGUUUUUUCGGAGAUUGAGCUUCACAUUGCUCAAUUCAACUUCACGCCCAAGCACUGUACGAUCUCAGGCUUCUCGUCGCCGGGUCUCCAGGCCGCCGUCGACGGCGGCGACGAAGAAGCCAAGGUCGAGAUGGCGCCCGAGAAAGACGACAAGGCCAGUGCGACCGAGCCACCGCGGUUGCUGCCCAAGAAGCCAGCCGCCAAGCCGCUGGAAAUGACGCUCCCGACCGAAACCAUCGUUGACGGGCUCAAGAUUCCCAAGCACCUCGACAGCGUGAGUGCGACCACCUUCAUCUUGACGCAACAAGCCGGCAAGUUCAAGCCCAAGGACCUCAAAAAAGCGAUCGACGAGAACCGCGCGCUGCGCAAGCGCCAAAAGGCCGAGCAAGAAGCGCUCCGGCAAAAGACAGGCAGCGCCGGCGGGCGGCUCUCGUUCGACGUCAUCUACAUGGAAGCCACGGUGGCGGCCAAGCCCACGACGCGCCAGCUCCAGGAGCUCGUGUUUCUGCAAGACCUCCAAGACAUCAACAAGAUGGAGAAGGACCUCGAGUUCCAAAGCAACCGCGAGUACAUUGGGGACGAUCUCUUGGCGCCUGAGAGCACCACGACAAUCCAGCGGGUGCGCGACGCCAACGCGGCCGAGAAGGCUGCGAAAGAGCGCGAGCUGCUUCGGCGAACGUUCCACAGCCAUGGCAGCUCGGCGCAGUCGACCCCGCCGAUGCGCUCGGUCCUUCCGGCUCUGCUGACUCCCGCAACGUUGCCAGAUUUCAACGAGUACAAGAACGACUUGUGGGCCAAGCGCAAGCGCGCACUGGCCCGCUUCAUCCAGGUCGUCUCGGGGUGCAUCCUUCGGCUCCGCGUCGCCAAGCGCCUGCGCAAGAUCCAAGCGUGGCUUGGCAGUGCCACGACCCGUGCCGAAGUCCGGCGCAUGGUCGAACGCGAUUGGAAGCUAGCGCUCAUGAAUGUCUCGACCUCUGCGGUGGCCUCUCGGCAGCAGCUCACUGCGCUCGGGUCGUCCGAGCUGCAGGCAACUGCCAUCGUGCCGUCCUAUCAACUCCGCUCGUUUCCUGUCUACAUGGAGAGCGACUCGCGACUCCGGUUUCCCGUCGAGACGACCAUCGAGACGGCGUUCACCGACUUUGGCUUGUUCCCGCUGCACGUGCCGCACGAAGCCGACGUCACGGGCUACAAGCCACACCCGCUCCUCUCCAUUCCGCAGUACGCUCCUUUGGAGCUCCAGCGCAAGAUGCGGUCGGGCGCGCAGCACGAAGCCGGCACCCGCGCGCCCCGAGCGAUCGCGGCGCCAAGAGACACGGAGCUUCUCGUGGUGGUCCCUGCGUCGCAGCUCAAGUGGCCGAUCGCCCUGCGCCCGACGUUCUUCUGCCUUCCGCCGGCGUCGCCUCGCAUCUACACGCCGUUGGGGGCGACGCCGUUGGCGACAGACCCCGCCUAUGCGCUACGGCCCCAGCUGCGGGCGCGGAAUGUGCCCCGCACCGUGGUCUCUCUUGUCGGCGAUACGCCGGGAACGAUCUCGCUGAGCACGAUUGUGCCGUACCAUUUGCACACGGCAUGGCACUGCACCCUCGACACGCGCGACCAGCGGCGGCUUUGGGACCUUCCGUCGGUCGCGCCGCCGCUUGUCACGCCGACGUGCAACAGCGUCGAAGUUCUCAGCGACAGUGAGAGCGACAAUGAAGAUGAGACCAAUGUCGAGGUUCCUACUAUGGAGGACGCGGAGCAGCUCUUUCAGGAAGCUGCGUCGCCAAGCCUCGCGUCGCUCUCGGUCUUUGCGCGGUACGACGCACUACUGCACCUCGACCUCGAGUACAAGCGCUACCGCCACGACCUCUGCGCCCAGCUGCCCAAGCGCAUGGCGCACGUCGCGCAGCAUGUCAAGGACUCGCGCGCGUCGUUUGUGCUGCAAGGCCACGGCGACGUCUUGCCACUGCACCAAAGCACAUCGUGUUCAUAA